UGAAACAUGUAUAUUUCAUUUUAUUGAACAUUUGGAAGCAGCAUUUUGAAGAAAGGAUAAGUGACAAUACAUUUUCCUAUUUUAGCAAGGUAGAUGGACACGUAAGACAAUGUUUCAAAAUCUGAAGGAACUGUGGAAGGUAUACAAAAUGCUGCGUUUUGAAUAAACCUGCUCCUCCCACUCCAUCUCUCCCUGUCUGAAAAAUGGCGAAAGCCAUGGUUGUUGAAUUCCGAGUCCUCCCUCCCAUGACAUGUGCCCUUGUUAAGGACAUUAAUCCCCUUGUGUCUGUGCAAUUAUCUUCAGCGCAUCUUCCUACAAGAAUAAGGGCCGUGUCUUUAAACGAAAUUCUCCCAAAUGCCCUUCGCCGGAAGCACAAUCCACACUGGACUGGAGGGUUCAGCCUGGGGGUAGACUUGGGAAUGUCCCGCACUGGCCUUGCCCUCAGCAAAGGCUUCUCAGUUCGUCCUCUAUCGGUCCUGAAAUUGCGUGGCCAAAAGCUGGAACUCCAACUUCUAGAAAUUGCAGGCAGAGAGGAGGUUGAUGAGUUCAUCAUUGGACUUCCAAUAUCUAACGAUGGGAAGGAGACGCCUCAGUCUAACAAAGUUCGAAGCGUGGCCGGAAGACUCGCCGCCAGAGCCGCGGAGAGGGGUUGGAGAGUAUACCUGCAGGAUGAACAUGGCACAUCAGAGGAGGCCCUUAGCUUCAUGAUUGAUAUGGGCCAUAGCAAGUCUGCUCGCCAAAACAGAAUAGAUGCUUAUGCUGCCAUGAUGGUACUCGAGAGAUACUUUUCCAUGGCAGGCCAGGGAACUGAACUCGUAUUGCCCAAGCAGUUGGAACUCCAAGAAAAACUUCGAAGGGGGCCACCCAAGGAUGCAGACUUUUUUCCUGAAGAUUUUGAUGGUUAGCCUUUAAGUUUAUUUACUUCCUGUCAAGGCUAAUGAAGAAAAUAAGAUUCAGAAGCCUUCAACAAUUUUGUGGUCCUCCCCAUUCUUUGAAAUAUGAGUAGGUAUUUUGGGAUGCUUUGUAUGUUGUGUUGUUACAUGGGUAGUGAAUCAUUUUUCUUAGAAA